UUUGUGUGUGAAGCCGGGGCCGGGGUGGGGCGCGGGGCGGGCCCUGGCGGGUGGGGGGCUCGCGGCCGGCCUCCCGGCCUCCGGCCUAUAAGGCGGGCGGACAGCGCGCAGCCCGCGCCCUGGACGUUCCCGUCUCGCGCUUCGCUGCAGCCGCGCGCUCUGAGCCCAGCCCUCAGCCAUGGCGUGUCCCCUGGAUCAGGCCAUCGGUCUCCUCGUGGCCAUCUUCCACAAGUACUCCGGCAAGGAGGGUGACAAGAACACCCUGAGCAAGCGGGAGCUCAAGGAGCUCAUCCAGAAGGAGCUCACCAUUGGCGCGAAGCUGCAGGAAGCCGAAAUUGCAAAGCUGAUGGAUGACCUGGACCGGAACAAGGACCAGGUGGUGAACUUCCAGGAAUAUGUCACCUUCCUGGGGGCCUUGGCAAUGAUCUACAAUGACGUCCUCAAGGGCUGAGAAUACAUUGGGACUGUGGAGACACCCUUUAGUGGGCCUGUAUAAGUCAAAUCCAAUGGUGGGUAAUUGUAUAAUAAAUAUUUUUGGGGGGGUUCAACCUA